CCACUAUAAAUUCACUUGGUACGCACCAAAAUUGUUUAAAGAUUCAUAUAUACUGCAUAAAGAUACUAUCUUUUUGCUUUUAUCUCUCUUUUUUUAAGCCCAAUCUACUUGAAUCCAGCUAUAAAAGAGCCUACAAUUAAUAAAUGGGUUCAAAAGCAGUUGAAGAUUUGAUACAGGCGUCAUCGGGAGUACAUUAUUCUGGAUUCCAUUUAGAAGAGCCACAUACUUCAGAGAUUGAGCAACCAACAACUUCUAUAGAUGAACGUGUUAAGCAACCCUUUGUCAUAGGAGUUGCUGGAGGUGCUGCGUCAGGCAAGGCUACAGUUUGUGAUUUGAUUAUUGAUCAGCUUCAUGAUCGGCGUGUUGUCUUAGUUAACCAGGAUUCUUUUUAUCACAAUUUGACUCCAGAAGAACUCACAAAAGUUCACGAGUAUAACUUUGACCAUCCUGAUGCAUUUGACACCGAGCAAUUGCUGUGUGUGAUGGAGAAAUUGAAACAUGGGCAAGCUGUAGAUAUUCCAAAGUAUGAUUUUAAGAGUAACAAAAAUGACGUAUUCCCUCUUCGAAGGGUCAAUCCUUCAGAUGUUAUAAUUUUGGAAGGCAUACUCAUUUUUCAUGAUCCUCGUGUCCGAGAUCUGAUGAGUAUGAAGAUAUUUGUAGAUACAGAUGCUGAUGUACGCCUUGCAAGGAGAAUAAGACGCGACACUGUUGAAAAUAAUAGAGAUAUUGCUACAAUAUUAGAUCAGUACUCCAAGUUUGUCAAACCGGCUUUUGAUGACUUCAUUCUUCCAACAAAGAAGUAUGCUGACAUUAUCAUUCCCCGGGGUGGAGACAACCAUGUUGCAAUCGAUUUGAUUGUGCAACAUAUUAGAACGAAACUUGGUCAACAUGAUCUUUGUAAAAUAUACCCUAACUUAUAUGUUAUUCAAUCCACUUUUCAGAUACGUGGCAUGCAUACACUUAUCCGUGAUGCGCAGACGACUAAGCAUGAUUUCAUAUUUUAUGCUGAUAGAUUGAUUCGUUUGGUUGUUGAACAUGGACUAGGACAUCUGCCAUUUACAGAAAAACAGGUGAUCACUCCAACUGGAUCUGUAUACAGUGGUGUAGAUUUCUGCAAGAGGUUAUGUGGUGUCUCUGUAAUUAGAAGUGGAGAGAGCAUGGAGAAUGCCUUGCGUGCAUGUUGUAAAGGUAUCAAGAUAGGCAAGAUUCUUAUCCACAGAGAGGGCGACAAUGGUCAGCAGCUGAUAUAUGAAAAACUGCCAGAAGAUAUUGCACAAAGGCAUGUCCUUUUGUUGGAUCCUAUCCUUGGCACAGGGAAUUCAGCAGUUCAAGCUAUUUCUUUACUGCUAAAAAAGGGAGUCCCAGAAUCCAACAUUUUAUUCCUUAAUCUUAUCUCAGCACCCCAAGGAGUACAUGUGGUCUGUAAGCGUUUUCCAAGAAUAAAGAUUGUGACAUCUGAGAUAGAAAUUGGUUUGAACGAUGAAUAUCGUGUUAUCCCUGGAAUGGGGGAGUUUGGUGACAGGUAUUUCGGCACAGAUGAUGACUGAACAUUAAUUGGUGGUCGCGUUCCAUCUCUCAAUCGCGAGAGAGGGAUCAUGAUGUAGAGAAGGGAGUCAGUUGAGCAUGAUUGAUCAAUAUGUGUUCAAGCUUUUGUACAUUUUAAACUUGUAUUCGACUACAGUUGCCCUGGAAACGCAAUCUUCAAACUUAUUGUA